AUGGCUAACACUAAAGCAGCUGGGAAUGGAGAUGGUGGCAGCACUGACGCAAGUGAGCUGUCUGGUAGGGAUGCAGCAGCAGGGGAAGGGGAUGGGGGAGUUGAGACCCUUGGGACGGGUGGUGAAUAUACCCCUCUUUCUUCCAUCUGCCAAGAGGAGGGAGCGACCACCAAUGGCAGUGUGCGCUACGACAAGCUGACCGUGGUGCUCACAGCAACAGGCAGCAGCACACACCAGACCAUGCAAGCCAUUCGCCACUACGCCUCAGCGCCUGUGGUUCAAGACAUCUUCGUCCUUCUGUCUGACGACAGCCCACUCGCCCAAAGCAGUGGCAGCAGUGGCAGCGCCAGCAGCAGCCCCUUUCCCCUGGUGCAGGGCGAGAGGCCUGUUGUUGUUCUCCCACUCCGCAACCCACCAGCAACUGCUCGCUUCCGACCCAUCCCCUCCCUCACCACAGCUGCUGUCUUGGUGAUAGACGACACAUUCCUAGUGCCCCCUGCUCUCCUCGCCACAUCUCUCCUGCGAUGGCGGGAAACCCCCAACCGCCUCCUCGGUUUCCUCCCGUCCGCCCACUUCCGCCUCUCCAAGGGCGUCCUCAAAGGGCGACUGGCCGUGCAUGCUUCCCUGGGGCCGGGAGGGGACUACUCAGUGGUUACCGGUGCUCUUCUGCUGCAUAGAAACUACCUGCAUUAUUUUUGCUGCACUAUGAGGGAGGAGGCGAGGGGGUAUUUGGAGUGGGGGAGCGAGGGAGACGGUGGGGGAGAGGGUGGGGGAGAGGGUGCAGGAGGGAGUGAGGGAGGGAGUGGGGGAGGGAGUGAAGGCGGUCUGUCGAAUCCGGCGGCUAGGGCGUGUGCUGAUGUGGCAAUGAACAUGUUGGUGACUCAUCUGUCUGACCUGUCACCGCUGACUGUGUACGACUCAACACAGGAGGUCCAAGGGCCCUUCCCCUUGCCGCCUGCUCCUGCCAUGUAA